CAAGCUUUUCACAUUUCAUUUUCUCCGAAUUUGAGCAAACCAGUUGAAUAGUGCAAUUGAAAAUCUGGAAGCAACUUGACCUUCUAUGAUUCAGAUUCUAUCCAACUAACUUUCAGAAUCUUGGGUCCCCACAGGCACAACAAAAGGCCAAGCCAGCAAAACCCCCACUUGAAUAUGAAUUUUAUUGAUUGACAUCCAACAAGAUGCAAAGCAUGACAGCCUCAGAAUUUUCCACAAGCUCCCAAUCCCUUCUUGAACAAGAACAAACAGAAUCACAACCUAAAAUCACCAUCAAGAAUCCCAAGAAGCUAGCAUUUCUUCCACUUGUCUUCCUCAUCUACUUUGAAGUCUCUGGAGGCCCCUAUGGUGAAGAAUCAGCUGUAGGAGCUGCUGGUCCUCUCUUUGCCAUUCUUGGCUUCCUCAUCUUCCCCUUCAUUUGGAGCAUCCCUGAGGCCCUUGUCACGGCUGAGCUGGCCACCGCCUACCCCGGCAACGGCGGCUUUGUCAUUUGGGCACACCAAGCUUUUGGUCCCUUCUGGGGCUCCCUCAUGGGCUCUUGGAAAUUCCUCAGUGGGGUCAUCAACUUGGCUUCAUAUCCAAUUCUUUGUGUAGACUAUCUCAAGCUGGUAAUUCCCAUUUUCUCUUCUGGCCUACCUCGCUUUGUUGUUGUUUUUGUCUCAACUUUGGUGCUAUCGUUUCUCAACUACUCUGGUUUGAGUAUAGUUGGUUACACUGCAGUAGGUUUAGGGAUUGUGUCACUUUGUCCAUUUAUAAUAAUGUCUUUGGUUGCAAUCCCUAAGAUUGAUCCAAGCAGAUGGAUCAGUUUGGGUCAGAAGGGUGUUAAAAAGGAUUGGACAUUAUUUAUCAAUACCCUAUUUUGGAACUUGAAUUUUUGGGACAAUGCUAGUACUCUAGCUGGUGAAGUAGAUGAACCCCAAAAGCUAUACCCAAAAGCACUUUUUUCUGCUGGCAUUCUCACAUGUUUGGGUUACAUAAUUCCUCUCCUGGCUGCAACUGGUGCUAUUCCACUUGACCAAGAAGAUUGGGUUGAUGGGUAUUUAGCUUCUGCUGGGGAAAUGAUUGCUGGGAAAUGGCUGAAAUUCUGGAUUGAAAUUGGUGCAGUUUUAUCAAUUAUUGGACUGUUUGAGGCCCAGUUAAGUAGUUGUGCAUACCAACUUUUAGGUAUGGCAGACUUGGGAAUUUUACCAAUGAUUUUUGGGGCAAGGUCCAAAUUGUUCAACACCCCUUGGUUAGGAAUUCUGAUUUCAACAGUCAUAGCACUUUCUGUUUCUUACUUGGAUUUCACAGACAUUAUAUCUUCUGCCAAUUUCUUGUACAGCUUGGGAAUGCUAUUGGAAUUUGCAUCUUUUCUUUGGUUGAGAGUGAAGUUUCCAGCUCUGAAAAGGCCUUUUGAAGUUCCAAUGGGCCUGCCAGGGCUGGUGGUUAUGUGCUUGAUUCCAUCUGGUUUUUUGGUCUAUGUGUUGGCUGUGGCCACCAAAGCUGUUUAUUUGGUUAGUGCAUUGAUGACUCUGUCUGGUGUUGCGUGGUACCUUUUCAUGAAUCUCAGCAAAUCAAAGAUGUGGUUUGAUUUCAAAAUGGAAGAAGAAAAAUUGGACAAUGAGGAAAGAGCUUAGGCUGUUUAUGAUUGUAAGGGGAUCUAAUUGGUCUUGCUCAGAAAUUGGCGUAUUGCAGUUUUUUUAAGGAAAAAUAUAACAAAGUAUUCACCAUA